UUACCUCCCGAGCUGCUCCUCGAGGUGAUCCCACGCGUGCCAUACUCUCCAUCUAACCUCUCUGCCCUUCGCCGCACAAGUCCCGAACUGAAGUCUCUCAUCCAUCGCCACGAGACAAGCAUCGUGCGAGCGAUCAACGAACUCCAACAUCACUGCUCGCCUUCACAGGCCCAUCAAUCACACCAUCUCUUCCCCAGUCUCCAGCUCCACAAUUUCGCCUCUCUCGAUGUCCUCCACGGACGCCUCGUCCGGCUGGAAGAUCUCCACGCCCAAUGGCUACACAUCACCUCCCAUGGCCCCGAACUGGCCUGGCUCCGAGGCCGAUGGGAGACGAUCCACAAAGCCGGGCUGCUACUGCUGUAUCGGCUUCAGGACACCCUGCCCGCGCCCGCCCUGGCGUGUCUCUUGUUCAAGCUCGUGUCGAGCAUCAAAAUCCUGCGCGUGCACGGCGCCGCGCCGAUCCAUGGGACCUACGCGGCGGGGGAUGUCUUGACGAGAUCGGACGUGGAGCUCGCGGCGGAGGAGAUGCUGUUGCUGCAUGGACCGGAGUGGUUCCUGGGGAUGAUGAGGGCGGGGAGAGGCGGGAGGAAGGGGAAGAACGGGGAGGGGGAGGAGGAGAGGAGUGGGAGGAGAGGGAAGGAGGAGGAUGAUGGGCAGUGGGCGGUGGACCUCCUGACCUCCGAACUGACCAACUUCACCACCCGGCAAUCGCCCGACCCGACGACCCAUCUGCCGCGGCCCCCGACGCUCACCUCGCGCCUCCGCCGGGCGUUUUCUAACCAAACGGGGAACUCCCCUCUGGUCGAGAAUCUGGGGCGGAUGUGGGAGAUGCUCGCGGCGCCCGUCUGGGACCGUGUGGACGAGGAGAUGCUGGGGAGGGUCGUGGGGGGUGUCGGGUUGCUUGGA